AUGUCCUCACAGAAAACCAGCGUGAAAAAAUUAUCACAGGCGCUAUCCUUGCCCUCUCGUCAAUCUCAAAAAUCCCAAACCCCUUAUCCCCAAAAGGCCGGCAACGUAGUUGCAAAUUGUCUGGGGUUACGCACGUUCAGGGUGGUGCCGAUUGCUUGCCAUCGGAUGAAAAGACUACUCCUCCUUGUACUACUGGCUGCAGCAGCAUCAGCAUCAGACCUCAACAAUGAUGUACCAGCUGCAGUAGAAAUAGACGAUAUAGAAUUUGUGGAAUUAGAGGAAAUACAAAAAAUGUUAGGCUUGGACCCGGCAGAACCAGUAAAGAUUUUGACGGAAUUCGAUGAAGAUCCUGGUGAGAAUGACAAUGAAGAGUUUGGUACUUUAUUGUUUGACUCAAUGCUAAUUGACCCGAUUGAAGUACACGUUGAUGAUGUCGAGGAAUCUAAUUUAGAUGGAAAGUUGUCAUCUAACUUAGUAUGA